CACCUCGACCACUGCUUCGACUAUCUGCGACAACUUUUGAUGUGUGAUUUGGAGAUCACUUACGAGGGUGCCAGGGUGGAUCCGGACGGAAUGUCGCGGGCAGUGGAUGGAUGGGGUACCCUGCACCAGUGCAAGGACUGGUCCGCAAUCAACAGCUGGAUGCUAGAGAAU